AGGCUGUAGAGACCGUGACGUAUAUCAUUAUGUUGGCGACUGGCAGCCGAAGGCUUGCUGGCAGGCCGGGUGAUCGGUCGCUUGACAGCCAGUCGGGUGCUGCACAGCCAGGCAUAAACACACGCCGGCAGCGGGUACCGUCGUGCACCAUUCCGUCAGGGAGACAGCACCCACAACUGUCUGUGAGCUUACAUUCUGAGACAAAGCCAAGAACAUCUAACUUUUAAUUGAGUUAGAGAGAGAGAGAAGAAAAAAAAACCGCUUUUCUGUGAAUCAAGUUUCUGUGAACUCCAACCUGUCCGACAAGUGCUGGAACUGCAGACUGUGGUCGUUUGGCAAAGAAAAGUUUUAACACCGUGUCGGACGAAGCCUAUAACUUAUUCACCAAGCUGCACGGCGAAUGAGCCAAGGGGUUCUGGAAGCCCCGGGAGAUUUUGCCACUUUGGGAAAUUUUCAUUUCGUGUGACUUACCUCCCCUUCCUCCCCCUUUCUUCACACCUUCACCACUUUACACCGUUGUGUGGACGUCACCACUGCGGCCAUGUCUAAAGGUUACGGUUUUCCGGCGGCCAGCAAAAUUCUGAGCCAUCAGGACCACGAGCGAGCCCUGAGGCAGCACAGACAGAAGGUCCAAGAUAUGAACGCAGGAGUCGACAACUCCGAGCCCCGACGAUAUCCACAUCUCAUUGUUCGACUAAAGCAAAAGCAGCUGGAGAUGGAGAACCUGACAAAAAUAAAGUACGAGAAUGAACUGUUGAUCAAGAAACGGAAGCAGAUCUUCGAGAGACGCGGAGCCAAUGUGGACAACAACGGCUACUACAGUCCGCGCAGCCUGAACAAACCUUACAAGGAGCAGCAGUUGUACAGAAUACAGCGAGAGAACUGGGACAUAGCGCGGCGCCUGGGACAAGUGAAACCCUACUACAACAUACGGCAAUGGGAGGACGACCACAAGAGGCAUCUGUAUUACCUGCAGCUGUGGGCGGACACCACGAAGGAUUACACUCCUCGCAGGAGAAAGAAAGAGAAAGACCAUGACGACGAUGGUGAUGAGUAUGAGUCGGACUUCGAGGGUGAUGACGAGGAAGAGAGAGAAAAACACAAAGACCGUCUUCCACCCUUGAAGAAUUCCAAGAAGUCAAAUCCUGGGGGCAGAAAGAAGUCAAACAGUCAGUCUCAAACUCUACCAAAACUCAAAGACACAAAGGUGGACGAUAAGGUCAAAGUUGACCAGGCCGAGGUCGACGCCAGACAUCUCUUCAGAGUUGCAAAAGUCCUGGCCCCACCACAUGACAUCUUCAUCCGCACUCUGGUUCGACGAACGCCGGGUCAAAGGAGUCAAAUAAAGAAGAGGUUUAAGCAGCUGUACGAGCUGGAUCUGGUGGAUGAGCUGAAGAAGGGUCUUGGGAAGGAGUGGCACGUCCUCAUCGACGCUCUUCUUGAGAAAAACGGCGAGGAUGCUGGCAGCAGUGCGGAGGAACAGAGGGCAAAGCGAGGGCCUGAUAGUUACAGUCCUGCGGCCAUCCACACAGCCUUGCAGAGAGGAGAUGUGCCAACAGUCGUGCAGGUGCUUGUCACCAAAACAGACCACAAGAUAGCCAGACUGAGGGAGUCCUAUACAAAAGAGUACUCAGUCAGCCUGGAAGCAGAAAUCAGCGAGCGCAUCCCGGAGCCCGAGCGGCUGUUCCUGCUGACUCUGCUGAAAAGGAAGAAAGAUCGAGGCAAGGCGGACGUACACCAGGACGCCCAGGACCUCUUUGAGUAUGGCGAAGGUAGAUGGACGUCUUCUAGUGGUCUCUUCUUAAAACUUCUAGAAGAACGCAACAUCUCUCACAUGAGGGAGGUUUUGUUGACAUACGAGCAGGUGUCGAGUGGUGUCAGUGCACUGCAGGCCAUCGAGCAAGACAUCUCCCCGUCCUACGCCAAAGCCGUGGAAGCUUUCCUGGGUCCGAGGGGAGAAAACAAUCAGCGAGAGAAGAGCUCCAGUGGGCGAGGACGUGGGCGAGGGCGUGGGCAAGACAUGGACCCUGGUGGCGCCGGAAGCGGAAGUCGCAGCCCCAGCCGCGACGGGUCGGUGGGAGGCGGAGGACAAAAGGAAAAAGACUAUAACAGCAGCAGCGGGCAUCCGUCUGCUGGGGAACUAGCGACCUUUUGCUACAGGAAUCUCGAUCCCAGCAACGCCAGUUUCGUUAACACCAUCGUCAGAAGAGCUGAAACCGACAUGCGGACAAUACGAAUAGCAUAUAAAAAGAAAUAUGGGAAAGCCCUGGAGGUAGACUUGGAAGAAAGAAGUAGACAUCCCACUGUCAGCAUUCUGGUCAAGCUGAUUCUCAAAAGCCCUGCCAAGGAUGCAAGGAAGGACCAGCACCAGGACAGUAUCCCUCAACGGCACGGGGUCAAAGAUGGAGACAGGAAGAACCAGAACGACAGACAAGAAAGUGGUCAUGGGAAAGGUCACAGAGAAAGACACGACGAGGGCCAAGGACACGAUCUGACUCAAGGCCGCCGUGAUAAGAAAGCCGCUGAUCACAAGUCCGAAGAUGAGGCUAAGCGACUUCACGAAGCGAUGGACGGACUAGGGACAAACAAGAACACCAUCCUGGACAUCCUCGUCGGCAAGUCGAAUGCCCAGCGCCAGACUCUGAGAGCCAAGUACAAGGAGAUGUACAGAAAGGAAUUGGCUGAAGAUUUGAAAUCCGAGCUGGGUGGAGACUUGGAGGAGACAGUUACAGGUCUGCUGAUGCCGCCUGUGGAAUACGAUGCUUUCUGCCUGCACUCGUCUCCUGGAGCCAGCGACAGUGUCAUGCUUGGCAUUCUGUGCACGGCCAGCCCAAAGGAAUUGUCGCUGGUGAAGGAGCACUACAAGAAAAUGUAUGGAGAGGACUUGGAUGCCGUCCUCAGGAGCAAAGACAGCAGCGGGUACAUGGAGUUACUGUUGGGGCUGAGCGACAGUCACCGUGACCCGGGGUCAGCCGUGAGUCAGAGGGAGGCUCGAGAGGAUGCUGAGAAGCUGUACCGGAACGGACAAGGACCCAUAGUCAAAGACGAAGUGUUCAAAACACUCCUGGAAAAGCGAAACAAAGAUCAAAUUAAAGCUACUUUAGCAGAGUAUAAAAAGCUUUCAGGAAGAAGCUUAGAAGACGACGUGAAGGCAGUGGACGCUGGUGACGAACAGGAGCAAUACGUCACGUUACUGGCAGCUCUUGGCGAUCACGUGACAUUCUAUGCGGACAGUCUACAAAAUGUCUUCAGGGGACCGAAGACCAGCGACAGCACUCUCGUCCGGAUCGUUAUUUCACGCUCGGAGGUCGAUCUUCCGGCGAUCAAAGCAAAGUUCCAGGAAAGACACGGACGCUCUCUGCGGGAGGCCAUUGAGAAGGAGACAAAAGAAGACAACAGGGAGGCUUUGCUAAAAAUACUCGACAAGAAGUGAAGCCUGCGGUGUGGGCACGUGGGAGACAACCACACAUGUCACUGAGUCCUAUCAUUAUUCGAAAAAUCUCCUGAGGGUUGUGAAAAAACUUCUGGUCUUGGACUGGAAAUCCUCUUUUGAGAAAGAAACACCGUGAAAACCUUAAGCUCCAGCCCUGCCCCCAGGUCACUGUGCACCCGCAGACCCCGUGCAUGACCCCAACAUCUUAUGACGUGUCUCUAGCAACAGGAAGAGGGACGCUUCUGCUUUGGGCUGUUAUGAACUUCAUACAAGAAUACUCACCCAAGUUGUUCUUGCUAAUGAAUGUAUCAGUUAAUGGACAUGUAAUUAAUGGCUAUAUAUACAUAUACACACUAAUAAUACUCUAUGUACACAACACAUAUAUCUACAUCUGUAAUAUAUCUAGAAGUAUAAUCAUGUCAACUCAGUUUCCAAAUCCAUCUUUCUCAAACAGCCGCAUCAGACAUCUCUUAUAUUGAUGCCACCAAGCAGCUUAUGUCGACACUCGUGUUGUCCAGACUUGACUACAGCAACUCUCUGUUCAUAAAACUUCCUGACCGCCUGCCUGACAAACUCCAGAGACUUGACAACAGUUCUGACUUUUGUAUUCUGUAAGAGGAAGGUGGGCCAUGCCACACAGCUUGUCUUUCUCCACUUACUUCCAGUUCGGGGUCGAAUUGAAUUCAAGAUCGCCAUUCUUUGCUAUUGUGAUGUUCAUGGCCUUGCCCCAGUCUCUCUGUCCGAGCUCGGGUGGCCAUACUACCCUCGCAGGUCAGUUCACUCGACUCAAACUGGAUUUUAUUCCACGAGUCAGACUGGAGACGUUUGUCCUUCGCUCUUUCUCCUUCUCCGGCCCCAGGAUUUGGAAUGGCCUGCCUCGUGUCUUCCCACAGAGGAGUCAGUAUAUUCCUAUUAUUAUUAUGAUUAUGAAUAUGAUUAUGAUGAUGAUGAUGAUGAUGAAUAUUAUUAUUAUAUGCACAUAUCUGAAUGACCGAUAUAAAGAGAUGUCUUUCCCCACGACUGUGAUGAUAGUGUUAAAACCUUUAUAAUGCCCUCAAAACAUUAAAAUAAAUUUUCUUAUAAUUUUCAA